AUGUAUCACACACCAUCCAUCUUCAAUCCAUUAAAAGAACAUGCACUUUUAACCCAGUGUGUUCUCCUUUCGAUAUUGAACAACCAAAAAAUAGAGAAAAAGAGUGUUCAUAUUCUGCUGCAAAAUUGUUUCCAUCCCCAUCUUUCGAGUCAGUCAGUAGUCUUUCUUCUAUACAUACAUACAUACAUACACACUCUCACACACAUACACAAAAAGAACCCCCCGGUUGUCGCCUAUAGGCGCCGCGCUUACCCCCAGUCAAAAAAGAAGGAAAUAUUGAAAGAAUUGUAGAGGGUGUUAGAGAAAAGAACGUCUCUCUUGAAGAAAUGCCUGGGGGAGAGUAAUAGAGAAAAAAAGCGACACCACACACACACAUACACUUUUUAUCGUUCUUUUUCCCGCUGCGUAUUUUCACAACGUUUUUUUUUGUUUAAAAUCAUCCAUUCCUACUAACUCUUUUAAAAAUCAUGCUUAUUAAUUGUCAUCUUUGAGAAAAUAUUAUUAAAAAUAAGUAGUCUCUCGAGAGUCGCCAAUUAGUGAAUGUAUGUGUAAAAACUUAUAUAAGCUCAAUUUUUCUAAGUUCUUUUGCCGUUUUCUCACUCGAGAUCUCUUCAAUUUUUGCAAUACAGACAAAGCAUAAAAACAUAUAUUUUCUUAUUACACGAGUUUUUCCUUUUUCGCAAUAACCUUGAAACAACCAUUAUUACGCAACUAUUCCGAGGACAACCAAAUCUGGUCUGGUCCAUAUAGAAUUGCUCUUUCUAUACAUUACAUUCUCAAUGCUGUUCUAGUUUCCUGAAAAUUACCAUCAAUUUUGUAGAAAUGAUUAGCUCAAUUUUUUCUCCGUCUUUCUUCGAUAAAUAUUUCUCAUUAAACCUUCACAGGAAAAAUCACAUAAAUAGAAAAAUCAAAAAAUCUGAUAUCUCGAUCCUCGCAUUUUGUUGAAAAUCUAUUUCCAAAAAAAUAUUUAAUUUGUUUCUUUUUUCAGACCGUUUCGGUCAACGGGUAUCACAUUCAAAAACGAACUUAGUUUUCGUUUUGUGGUACUUUUCGAAUCGUAAACGUCGACGCGUGGAGGAGGGGAUUUUAUUAUAAUAAAAUAAACAAUUAUUAUAAAAAUCACAUAUUAAAAAAGGGGUAUGCGACGACGUUCAAAAACUUUAAACUGGAAGAUAUAAGGUUUGUAAAAAAAAUGGAUUCGGAUUGUGAAGAUUGUUUGUUUUUUGUUUAGAAAGAAAUGACGACAUGCGGUGAAUCAAGAUUGCAUUCGAGAGUUGGUGAAACACACAAUAUAACAUCUACAUCAAUUCGAGAUGUUGACAAUGAUUCGAGAAGUACAGAUAGUGGAAAUGAAUUGAGUGGAAGUAGCAGUGAAGGUUUGCCAUCUUUUUUUUUUUGAAAAUUUUCAAACCCCAGACUCAAAACUUUUCAAGGUCAAAAAAAUCCAAAUUUUUUUUUGAUCUUCCACAAUUUUUUGAUCACACCGCUAAUUUUUUAAUGUUACGAAGUUCGGUCGAGAUAAAAAUGGCCAGUCCUGAAAAAGUUGAUAUAUUCUGCUCGACACUUUUCGAGCUCUCUCUGACUUUGUCUAUAAUAAAAAUCAUAAUAAAAAAUUAUGUGUAAGUUUGAGAAGUAAACAUUUUUAUCAAGUUUGUUUAUCAACUAACCAAAUAUAUUUUAUCAGGCGAUUCGGUGUCACAACACAACAAUCCGUUGGAUAAUGCAUCGACAUCACCACCAACAUCUGGACAAUAUGGAAUGGACGAAUUGCUUGCUGACGGGCAUUUCACGGCAUUUGCCAAUUCUGGGACUGAUAUGACACCACAACAUGGAAUUGCGGUUACUGGAUCAUUAUUUGAUACUCCGCAAUCACCAGAAGAACAACAAUGGGGUUCAUCGAGUAAGAAUUAUUUUCAAAAAACUUAUAAAGACUAUUUUUUUGCAGUUGUUCCAACACAAUCAUUUGUUUCUUCAAAUCGUUCAAAUCGACCAAUUCCAUUUUCAUUGUAUGCACCGCCAUCGAAUUCUCCAUUAUAUCGAGUUUAUACUCCAAAUUGGUUGGAUUCAAAACCUUCGAAUAAAUCAUUCAACAGUGAAACAACUGGGGAAACAUCGACUGAUGCUUUGUGGACUCCAAAACUGACUUUUCAAAAUAUGAGUUGUUUGGCUACACCAACACCAGCUGUUCGUUCUGCUUUCGAUUUAUUGAAUCCGGUAACAAAUUCAACCAGUUAAAUUUCAAAAAUAAUUUUGAAUUUAGGAUGAUACACCAGUAUUUUCACCGUUGUCACCAACAAAUACUUCGAAUAUUGUACCAUCAUCUCCUGUUGCCAAUUCAACACCAAUAAAACAACAUUCGGCAGCAGUUGUUCCACCACAAGUAUGGUAUAAUUCUCGUAAUGCAAAUACACCAAAUUUGAUUUCUCCAAAUAUGAUGAUUCCACCACCACCAAUUACAAAAAUUGAUACAAUUUGUCAACAACAACAAGUAUCGCCACUUCCGAUUGCAAUUCAAAAACAAUUACAAUUACAAUCAAAUAAUCAUCCAUUAUCUUCAACUCAAUGUCAAGGAUGUGAUUCAACAAAUUCAUCAUUUGGUUAUUGUGUUCAAUGUCAAGAAAGAUUGUGUUCGUAUUGUGUUCAAGCUCAUAAUCGAGUUCGAGCGACCAAACUACACACAAUUGUUGAAAUGGCUCAUUUGUACAAUUUGAUAAAACAAGGAAAAUUGGUAUUUGGAAAUACGGAGGAAGUUAAUCGAAAUAUUGGAGGUGGAUCAAUUGGAAGUGGAACUGAAGGUAUUUAUUUGAAAAUUGAAAAACUAUAAAAAAAAUAGGAAGAGAAAUUCGAAAAUACAAUACACUUUACCAUAAAUGCCAAUAGAGUUUUCAGAAAACAUUAUUUGACUUUUUAUCGUUGUAUUCGUUUGAAAAAUUUAUUUAUCAACAGUAAUUUUUCAAAAUCUCAUCGCGAAUUUUGAUUUCAAUAAUAUUCCAGGAUUUUUUUCUUAUAGAAAUGAGUGUAUUUGUUUUUUUAGUAUUCAAAAGAGAAAAAUACUCACCGUUUUCUAUCCAAAACCCUUGAACCAUAAUUUUAUCAAAUUUCGUAAACUCGAUAAUUUCUACUAUAGUAAACUAACGAAAUAAAACAAAAUGGAAUAAGAAGAGAUAAACUAUAUAUGCCGCCUAGUUUCUUAGCAACGAGUUAUUUUUUUUCCAUCUCUCACCUCAUCUCUCAAUUAUUUUGUUUUCAGCUCAUGAUUCAUUGAGUGGCGAUUCUUCUCCUCGAUCUUCUUCAGUUUGCAGUGUUCACGAAAAUCGUGUUGUUGGAUUCUGUGAUCAUUGUCCACAAACUAAAACACUUUGUGCAAUUUGUGUUGCUCAACAUCCAAAUAAACAUCGAGUUCAACCAAUUGGAGAUCUUCGUUUUGCAAUCACUGAAUUGGUCAAUGAAUCAUUGUUGCUCCAAUGGCAAUGUGAAAAAGCAAACGAAACAAUUUCAAAAAUAAUCGAUAAUAUUGUGAGUAAUGCGAAUUGUGCUGAAAAUGAAGCUCGAACACAUUUCGAUAAUUUGAUAAGUGCUUUGAUUGAUCGAAAAGCUGAAAUAUUGAAUCGCGUUGAAACUGUUAAAAAUCAAAAAUUGACAAUUCUUUAUGGUCAAUCGAAGAUUUUGACAGAAAAACAAAAUGAGAUGAAUGAAGCUGUAAAUCAAGCAAAAUCAAGUAUUGAACAAGGAAUUCAAGAAGAAGAUUUGAAGAUUGUAUUUGAUAGAUUGGCUGAAACACAAAAAGAUCAACAUAACAAUAAUAUUGUAAUGUUAAGUUGUCAAGCAAAUGAAGAUGAUAGACUUCGUUUUGUAACAUCACAAGAUGGAACACUUGUCAAUAAGUUACGACAAUAUGGACAUAUUGAAAGUGGAGCAUGUGCAACAACAAGUACAAUUCUCGGAGAUGGUUAUAAUAAAGCAAUUCGUGAAAGACAAUCGCUUAUUUAUAUUCAAUUAAGAGAUGCAUGUGGUGAUCCAUUAUCAUCUUCAAUUGCUUCAACACAAGUUCCAAAAUCACUUUUGCCUCAACAAUCAUCACAAGUUGAAAUUAAUGGACAACCAAAAGCUGAAGUUCAUGCAAUUAUGUUUGCACCGGAUGGAUCAUUGAUUAAUGUCAAUAUUUCGUAAGUUUCCAUUAAAUUUGAAAUUUGUAAAACAAUUUUUUAAAUUCUUUUAGACCACGUGAAAAUGGAAUUGUUUGUAUUUCAUAUUUGCCAUUAAUCGAAGGAACUUAUACUUUGAAUAUACUUGUUAAAGGAACACCAAUUGAUGGUUGUCCAACAAAAAUUGAUGUUCGUCGUGGUCGAAAUUAUGAUGAAAUAGCAUCAAAUGGUCCCUUAUUCUCAUUCGGAGGUGAAGGUUCUGGAGAUGGACAAUUAUGUCGACCAUGGGGAAUAUGUGUUGAUUUACUUGGACGUGUUCUUGUUGCUGAUAGAAGUAAUAAUCGUAUUCAAAUAUUCGACAAGGAUGGUAAUUAUUUGUCGAAAUUCGGUGCAACUGGAAAUCGACCAGGACAAUUUGAUCGUCCUGCUGGAAUUACUGUCAAUACUUUGGUAAGCAAAACAAUACUUUUAAUACAAAAUUUAAAAAAAAAAAACUAAUUUUUAGAAUCAUAUAAUUGUUGCUGAUAAAGACAAUCAUCGUGUCCAAGUAUUCAAUCAAGAUGGUGAAUUUAUUUUGAAAUUCGGAGAUCGUGGAAGAGCAAUUGGUUAUUUCAACUAUCCUUGGGGAGUUGCAACAAAUAGUCAUAAUGCAAUUGCUGUUUCUGAUACUCGUAAUCAUCGAGUUCAAAUUUUCACUGCUCAAGGGCAAUUUGUUCGAAAAUGUGGAUUUGAUUCCGCAUAUUUCUUCAAAAAAUCUUGAUUCGCCACGUGGUGUUUGUUAUUUACCAGAUGGACAAUUAUUGAUCACGUUAGUUUUCAUUUUGUGGAAAAAAUAUUGUGAUUUUAAACAUAUGGAUUUUUAGUGACUUCAACAAUCAUCGACUCGCCAUUUUAUCACCAAGAAAUAUGUCUGAAAUGAAAGUUUAUGGAAGCGAAGGAGACGCAGAUGGAAUGUUUGUCAGACCUCAAGGUGUUAAAAUCGAUACCGAAGGACAUAUUCUCGUUUGUGAUUCCAGAAAUAAUCGUGUUCAGGUAAGGUUUUGGGAAAAUAUUUAAUUCUAGGGUUUUGCCUGAGAUUUCUUUAGUAUUUGAAAAAAAAAAUUUUUGAGCAAAACAAACGAUUCGAGAAAUGUUUUCUAUUUCCACGAAUUAAUUUCUAUCAAUUCACUAUUAUUCUUAAUAGGUAUUUGCAUCGGAUGAUAUGCGUUUCCUUGGUUCAUUUGGACGUGGUCCCGUAGAAUGUUCAACUCCAGGUUUUCAAAUGCCGACCGAACUUCCUACUCCACGAGCUGUAAGUUUCAUCAAUAAUACAUUUGUAUUCUAUUGUUUUUUUUUCCUAGUCAACUGGUCCAUUUGGUGCACCAUCAUUCACUUCACCAAAUUCAUCCCCACAAUCUCAUCAUCAAUCAACAACAUCAAUUUCGCGUCAAGAUCUUAUGGAUCGUCCAACCGAUUUGGCUGUCGGUCCAGAUGGUCGAAUUUAUGUUGUUGAUUUUGGAAAUCAUUGCAUCCGUGUCUUUUAA